ACAUGAUAUGUUUAUGACGUCAUUGCGCUAUGACGUCGUCAAGUAACAUUGCUAAUAGUUACAAAAUCAACAAUGGCCGCUGGAUAAGCCGGGUUAUGAGAUUCCCAUUAUUGAAUUAGUGAUAUGUCCGUCGCAGCGGGUGUUAAAUCGGCUAAAAAGCCACACAAAGCAAGAAAUCGAAACCAAAUCCCAGCAUGGGAUGCCCGGCGUUUGGGUCUGAGGCUAACACAGACUCAGAGUGACGGGAGAUCCGAGUACCAAACAUCGUACACGAAAUGGCCGUUCCAGCGGCCAAGAAACAACAUCAAACCGGAGAGCAACCACCUGGAGAUUCCUACCUCUACAUGCGAUAUGCAAAUGGAUACCACGUACAGAACGGAUUAUGUUGCACAUGAGGCUACGAAGAAAGAGAAGAAGAAGAAAGAGUUUUUGUACCGGACGGCGGGAGGCGCACUGCUUACCGAUACCACGUACAAAGUGGACUUCGCCCCAAAGGUGGCGCUCAGAACCGAGCCCUAUAAGACAUAUAAAGAGUACAGCGCCCCCGUGACAAAGUUCAAGGGGAAGUCGAUUUAUCAGAUGUCCUACCAACACUUUGAACCAGACCUGGCCAAGCAAUGUCGUCCAUCACCCAUUCGUCCAACCGAGGCCCUCCGAAGCGGGGAGCAUAAAACAACCCCAGAAUCAACGUUCAGGAACGACUACCAGAAGCACGAGAACACUGAGAAGAGAAAGCCAAUCAAGCCCGAAGAGAAUAACAAGCUGUCCACGGAUCCACUGGAUUCUACCACCUGCUAUAAAGAGUUCUUCACCAAGAAGGAGCUGCCAUCAUAUACCAAAAAGGUGAUUAACACAAACUGUGUAGUUACCAAGAUGAUGCUCCCAGAGGCGCUGCAACCCACAAAGGAGCCCCCUGGCGACAGCGGAGACAAAACUGCCGAGCCAGCACCAAAAGAGUCGGAAGCUAAAGAACCCAGUGCAGAGCCGCCUCUACAAGGUUUGAUGACAACCUUCACUGCUGACUUCCGGCCUCAUUACAAUGUGCGCAGGCGCACUAUUUGCAAACCUCCCGAGUCAGAGUAUCACUUUAUAGAUGCUCCAUUCGACGGCAAUACGACCGCUGGUAUGGCCUACAAAGUGUGGCCCGUGGCCUUUCCCGAGAAGCCACAGUGGGCGGUGAAACCACCAUACCGACGGCCACAGACAUGGAUGCAAACGGAUAGCACAUAUGCGGUCCAUUACAAACAUCCGGGAAGCAGUAUGCCGCCAUCUUUAAUAAAAAAGAAACAUAACCAGGAUAUCAUACGCCACGUGGCGUCUGGAGACGCGGGCUUGGAGACCACUUACCAGAACAACUUCAAAGGCAUUCCACUGGAGGAAGCCACCAAGUCGUUUCUUAUGAAACAGGAAUAUGAACCUCCUAAAGAGAGGAUGGUCUGUCAGUCGACACAGCGUGCUCAUUAUACAGGUCACCACACGGAGCGGUCCAAACUUUGUCGGCAAAUCUCGGAGCAUCGCGAUCUGUUUAAGAACCAAACCAUGGAGUUUGGUACCACUUACAGAGACACGUAUAAAGACAACAGGCCUAAAAGUUGUCCCGCUAAUACCAAAAUAGCACGUGAGCCCCGAGAUUCAAAAAGUGAGGAAACCAAGGACGAAUUAAAGCCGGAGGAAUGAAAGAAGAAUAAGAUAGUUUACAAAAAAAACAUUUUUACAAAAUUUGAUAAAGUUUUAUUUUUGGCAUUUAUUUUACAGAGGUAUACAGCAAAUUCAUUGUCACUGUUUUUUGGUAAAAAUAAUGGUUUUAGACAUUUUAAAAUCUUUAUCAUUAUAUCAUUGUACUUUUACACUGGACUAUUAAUAAACUUAUUCUA